AGUCCAGCCACAGUACACGGACGCAGGGCCUCGCGAUGAGUCGCGGAAAGCGCGGCAAUCGGGCGCCGGCAGUCAAAUGAGUCUGUCGAGUCACUCGGCUAAUACCGGUAAUAUCGGAACAGUACCGGUAAUAUCGGGAUAAUGCUAUGGCCGGUAUAGAGCUGUUGAUCUCCAGCAUAUGCUACAAUGCCACGUUUUGCGAUGCCUAUUACGAUAAUUCGGGAUUGGAUGAGCGCCUUACUAAAAAGCAGAAUGAGUUCUUGGCACUACGAAGCGAAGUAAAUGGAAAACAUCUCAGAAUUGCGACAUAUAACAACUACCCCCUGAGCUAUGUGGAGGAGAUCAACGGGACGCUGGUCGGGCAAGGAGUGGCGUUUGUCAUCGUGGACAUCCUGCGGAAGCGAUUCAACUUCACAUUCGACGUGAUACUGGCUGAGAAGAACUAUGAGUCUGGGGGGUCGAAGCCGGAGGAUUCUGUUAUAGGACUGGUUAAUAGUAGCAUAGCGGACUUUGCCGCAGCAUUUCUGCCGAUCCUGUACGACUAUCAGACGAAGGUGUCCUUCUCUCACCUCCUGGAUGAGGGCGUCUGGCUGAUGAUGUUGAAGAGGCCUAAAGAGUCAGCAGCCGGGUCUGGACUCCUCGCGCCGUUCGAGUAUGAAGUAUGGUACCUAAUCCUGGCUGCAGUACUGAGCUACGGUCCAUGCAUAACUCUACUGACAAAGCUCCGCAAUAAGCUAGUGACAGACGAAGAGGCUCCGAUACCGAUCAGCCCCAGUUUCUGGUUUGUCUAUGGCGCCUUCAUCAAGCAAGGGACCACCAUGUCUCCGGAGGCUAACACCACUCGAGUACUGUUCGCUACAUGGUGGAUGUUCAUUAUACUGCUCUCUGCAUUCUACACGGCAAAUCUGACAGCUUUCCUGACCUUGUCCAAGUUUACCCUGGACAUAGAGUACCCUCAGGAUCUUCUCAGGAAGAACUACAGGUGGAUGGCUCAAGAAGGCGGCACUGUGCAGUAUAUUGUCAGAGAUCCCAACGAAGAGUUGCACUCGCUAAACGUGAUGGUGAAGAACGGGCGCGCCGAGUUCCGCUCCAUCAGCAAUGACUUCGACUACUUGCCGCUGGUGCAGGGCGGUGCCGUGUUGGUGCGCGAGGAGACUGCCGUGCUGCACCUCAUGUAUGGAGACUACUUGAGGAAGGCCAGGGAAGGCGUAGAAGAGGCGGACCGGUGCACGUACGUGGUGGCUCCCAACGCCUUCAUGACCACCAUGAGAGCCUUCGCCUACCCGAGGAACUCCACGCUGCGACGGCUGUUUGAUCCUGUAUUAAACUACGUGGAGCAAGCGGGCCUAAUAAAGCACCAUCUACACCGGGACCUGCCCAGCACUAAGAUCUGCCCGCUGGACCUGCAGUCCAAGGACCGGCGCCUGCGCAACAGCGACCUGCUCAUGACCUACCUCAUCAUGCUGGCGGGGCUGGCCGCCGCCACCGCCGCUUUUAUGGGAGAGAUGAUCUUCAAGCGCUACAUUCGGGUGAAAUGGAAGGUGAAGGUACACAGCGGUCUGAUUGGCCAGAAGAAGAAAUCUCAGAGCAAGAAGAAAGAAACCAAAAAACGAUGGACCGAUGACACUAAACCGCCUCCCUACGAAUCAUUGUUCGGCCGCAACUCAAGAUAUACUGGCUCAGAGAACACGGAGCAUAAAGUUAUAAAUGGGCGUGAGUAUUGGGUGGUUAAUACAAUAAGCGGGGACAGAAGGCUAAUACCUAUAAGAACUCCUUCUGCUUUCCUGUAUGAGCGAAAGUAAACUACAUCGUUGAAUCGAGAAUGGUUUAAAACUGAAUCGCAUUCGAAUGGUUUCUCUGACUUAGAUGUGACUUGUGCUUGUUGCACUGGAAAAUACCUCUUAUUGAAUUAAAGUAUACAUUAGAUUUAGGAUAAUACAUUAGAUUUAUACUCUAGCUUGUUUGUAUUUUAACUUGUACUUUGUAAUUGGCACGAUCACUAAUGUACUUUAUAGAUUUAAGUUUACUUAAUAAAUGGAGUAGACCUAUAA